CAACACCAGGCAAGCACACUGCUGCAGCACUAAUUUUUGGAAAAUAGCAACAAAAUAGCAACUGUUUGUAAAACAGUCAAAAUUAUUUAUUAAAGCUAUCACAAAAUCAUCGAAAAUGGCAGCAAAGGUAGCAAGCGGCACGAACAAGGUGUUCCAGAAUCACGACGAUGUUCACAUCUCGUUCGAGGACCAGCAGAGGAUCAACCGCUUCGCCAAGCACAAUGCCCGCAUGGAUGAGUUCAAGGCCGAGCUGGAGCUGAAGCGCAACGAGCUGAAGUGCGUGGAGGAGGCACUGGAGGAGAUCGAGCUGUUCGACGAGGAUGAGGAUAUCCCAUUCCUUGUGGGCGAAGUCUUUCUCUCCCACAAACUGGGUGCCACACAGGAUCUGCUGAAGGAGACCAAGGAGCAGGUGCUGAAAGAAAUCGCCAGCGUUGAGGCCAAGGCCAAGGUCAUUAAGGCGGAAAUGGAUGAGCUGAAGGCCCAUUUGUAUCAGCGUUUCGGUAGCAACAUCUCCCUGGAAAGCGAUGACUAAAUCACCCGAUUGUGCAUUUAACAUUUAACAAAAUAGAGUACACUUUAAUUUAAACUCAA